CACGUCGGCCACGUCCACCGACAUGUAGGAGACCUGGGCAUGGCUUCUCGCAGCCCCUCCCCCUCCGCCCUCUCGCCGGCCCUCGAGGCCAAGCGCGCCCUGGUCGCCACGGCCUGCGCGGCGCGCGACGUCGCGGCGCUGGUGGAACUGGCGGCGAGCACCCACGGCCUGCUGAGCGACAGCCUGCGGCGCACCGCCUGGCCGCUGCUGCUUGGGUGCGCAGACGCGCAGCCCCCCGAGACGCCGUGGCAGGACCUGGCCGCCCACGCCGAAGAAGCCCAGGUCGACCUCGACGUCAACAGGGCCUUUGUCUACUACCCGCCCGACUCAAAACCAGAGCUCGCCCGCCGCAAGCAGGAGCUGUCCGCCGUCAUCCUCGACGUGCUGCGCCGCCACCCCGCCCUGUCGUACUUCCAGGGCUACCAUGACAUCGUGCAGGUCGUCUACCUCGUCCUUGGCCCCCGCGCCGCCGCGCCCGCCGCCGCCCGCCUGAGCCUGCUGCGCAUCCGCGACUUCAUGCUCUCGUCCAUUGAGCCGGCCAUCGCCCAGCUCGAGCUGCUGCGGCCCCUGCUGCGCGCCGCUGACCCGGAGCUGUACGCCCACCUGCCCGAGAGCUCCGCGACCUUUGCCCUGGCCGGCACCAUCACCAUGUUCGCCCACAACAUACAAGAGUACAGGGACAUUACGCGCCUGUUCGACUUCUUCCUGACCCAACACACCGUCAUGCCUCUGUACUUCUUCGCCGCCGUGGCCCUCUCCCGCCGGGACGAGCUGCUGGACAUCCCCCACGAGGACGACGACAUACUGCAUGUCAUGCUGAGCAAGCUGCCCGACCCCUUCGACAUCGAGUUCCACAUUGCGCGCGCCAAAGAGCUGUACGCGGCCCUGCCGCCCGAUUCACUAGCCAGCUGGGAGUGGUGGCGCAUCUCGUCGUCGAGCGUGCUCAAGACUUCAGCCACCCUCGCAGACAUACAACGCCUGACACUCGAAGACGGCGAGCGCUACUUUGCUCAGCAAGAGAAAGAGGUCCGCAGACAGCAAUACCAAAAGAACCUUCGCCGCCAAGUCACCAAGAGUAUCAAGCACGCACGCCUGCGCGUAUGGUACUACCGUCGCUAUGGAGCCGUUGGGCUCGCCGUUCUUGUUGGUGCAUAUGCCCUCUGGCUUGGCAAGGACUUGAACCCAGACACAUCGAAACCCCCUUUGUUUGGAUAUCUGAGCCGUAUCGUGCAACGAUUCGUUGCUAAUUGAAUUUGGCGUUUACAGCAUGGCAGGCGGUGGACGGCGAGCCGGGAGUGCUACAAGGAACCUGCUCACCUGUCACUGUGGCGUUUACGAGAGCCACAAAAGAUAAUACUACCAGGAACACUAUACCUACGUUACCCUAGAACACUUGUUAAUUGAGUGAGCGCAUAGACAGCAGCGUCAUGACCAUCCUCGAUACACCUACGUAGUAGAGAUAUCACCAACGCACAUCAUCAGUCUUGACAUAAAGUCUCCCUGUGA